AUGAGCCCCAUUUUGGGCGUUGCCCUAGGGUAUGCCGCGGUGCGCACCUUGCUCAAAUUGAGCUCCUACUCCUCGGUCCUACCCAAGGUCCGUAUCGCUCCCUCCGUAAAAAUUUCUGAUCUCCGGUCAAGCCUCGCGUUUGAUCAAUCCGACCAGUCCACUGCAAAGCUCGCCGUCUUCCGUGGCACCGUUGAAGCCAAGUCUGCCUUGGACGACAGCAAAUGGAAUAUCUUUAAAAAGUCUGAUGUACUCGUCUCACGAGGAGCAAUAGAUAGAGCCGUCAUUGUUCGGAGAACUCAAACGUGUGUAUUUAACGAAUGGAUGGCCCUUUUCGGAUGGUGGGAUUUUCGAGCGUAUUGGAGGGCACUUUGGAGAGCUUUGACAGAUCCAGGAUCAAGCUCCUUACGAAAGGUUCCUUUCAUUCUUGUUGAAGGCGGUGGUCGCGGAAAAAAACCGAUUUCCGAUUUUGUUGUUGGUGGAGUGCUCAAGGAAGAGGAGAUUCUUCGUUUGGGAAAGGAAAUUAGUGCUAUUGGUCUCUACAGUUUCAAAAACGGACUGCUGGAAGUCAAGUCCUGCAAGGAUCUUCCCUAUUUUCUCUCUAGGAUGUCUAAGGAACAGAUGGUUGUAGAUCUUGCAUUACGUACAAAAAAAUUGUUCUGGAGUGGGAUUGUUCUUGGUUCAAUGCCAAUUGGCCUCCUUGGCUAUUCUGCUGUCAGGAUUUGGAAUAGAUGGAAAGCGUGCAAGCGACAAAGGCGGCUACUGCAAUCAAUCCGUGCUUCUGAGAACAAAGCUGAAACUCAAGUUCAAGAAGUGGAUGGUGAUGUUCCAAGGCAUCAGUUGUGUGUCGUAUGUCUUACGAGUAGAAGGCAGAACGCAUUCCUUCCUUGUGGGCAUCUGCUUUGUUGCCAACCAUGUAGUGUACUGAUGAAAAAUCACGUUUCACCGAAGUGCCCUCUUUGUCGGAAGGAAAUUCUAGUUUUGGUAAGAAUAUAUGAAUCUUAA